AUGGCUGAGCCAGAGUCCGUGGCGGGGACCGGGGAGAAGGCGCUUGGCCCCUGCGCCCCCAAAGCUGCCUGCCUCCUGUGCUGUGGGAGCAGCAGAGGCAGCCAGAGGGAGUCCCAGCCGCCGAGGGGACCAGCGGGGCUCAGCAGGAGCCAGAGACGGGGCAGCAGAGCCAAAGGGGCCAGCCGGCCGCCUGGUGACGAAAUGCCACUCGCAGCUGCAAGGAGGGGCCACAGGAGGGCCCCCAUUGCUGCCCGGGAGCGGAGCCGCGUGCAGACCCUCCACCAGGCUUUCCUCGCCCUGCAGGCGGCGCUGCCCACUGUGCCCCCUGGCACCAAACUCUCCAAGCUGGACACCCUCCUCCUGGCCACCAGCUACAUCACCCACCUGAGCCAGACCCUCCAGCAGGGGCCCCUCACACCCAGGAUGCCCCCAGCAGCCUUCUUGCACCCACUGAAGAAGUGGCCCAUGCGCUGCACCCUCUACGUGGGCUCCUGGCCUGGAGGUCGCCCUUCCGCAGAAGCAGCAGUCGCACCCUUGCUUGCCCCCAGUGGGUGGGCUCAGAUGGGUCCUGACGCCAGGGGGGCACAGCCAUGA